CGACGAUGGAGGCUGGCGACGACCCUGCGUUCGUCGCGGAGGGCACCAUCACCUGCAUCAGGCUCGCCGUCGCUUCCAACGAGGAGAUCGUGAAGGCGCAGCCGAUGAUGGAGGAGUUUCCCGUGGCGCACCCGGGCCAGCUGACCAGGAACCCGGCGCUGGGCCUGCCGCUGCAGCUAGGCCACUGUGACUCCUGCGGCGCCACCGACCUCGCCAAGUGCGAAGGUAACUGGCUCCCUGCUCUCUGUUUUACCUGCUACUAACUCAGCACAGUAGUAGUAAGUAGCCCAUCAACUGAUCUACGCAAAGAGAAAAAGAAUGCAAGUAUAUCACUGAACGUCUGCAAGCAUGCGGCAAUAAUUUUCAGACAGUUUUAAGUUAGAAACCAAAUUGAAGCCAGAUAAAACUGAACUAGCUGUUAGGGUAAAGCUGCAGCUCUGUUUGACAGUUCUGCAUUGCCAGAGACUUUCUAGCUGAAUUUUUUUGGCUUGCUGCUUGCUCUCUGUUUUACCUGCUACUAACUCAACACAGUAAUUUUCUUGAAUAACUCGUCAAUUAAUCCAUGCAGAGAGAAAAAUAAUGGAAGUAUAUCACUGAACGUCUGCAAACAUGCGGCUAUAAUUUUCAGACAGUUUUGCAUGUGUUAAGCUAGACACGGAAUUGGAGUUAGAUAAAACUAAACUAGCUGUUUGUUUACUGGAGCAUAGGUAAUUAAGUUGGGGUGUGAUAGGGAAAGCUGCACCUGUUUGACACUUGCACAUUGCCAGAGACUUUCUAGGUGAUACGUAAAUGUCAAAAGAAUAUCUGAACUUUUUAGGUUUCUACCAAAAGCUGUGCCAUGAGACUCGUCUCAUCUUCUUUGUGAAAACAAUGUUGUGUCUCUCUCUCUCUCUCUUUAAUUUAGCAUGGAUGGUGCCACUUCAGCUGACUACUCACUUGAGAGUGAUACAUUAUAAGAGAUAUUCCUGGUAAAAUUACUUCUGCAUCAGCAUUUACCUCAACUGAUAGACAUCUCUUGUUCCUAAGCUUUCGGCAAUACUCAAAAAACUCGGCUGAAAUAACAGCAUCUCAUUCCACCUGCAAAAUAUUCAGCUAAGUCAGUUUACUGGAACAUAGCAAAGUUAGCUACCUCAGUUAGAUCACUUUCUAGCAAUAUAAUAAACUGUCAGAUAUGAUAAUGGUCGAACCUGGCCGUUCAGUUUAUUGUUGUACACUGUCAGAGACAUUGUUGGCAAAAAUCAAUGCUGCAGCAUUUAUCUCGACUGAUAUAUGGUGUGUUCCUCCUGAGCUUAGCUGUCAAAAAGCAUGGUGUAAGAGCAACUUAAACGGGGCGACCCAUUUCGUCCGCCGUCGUCUGUUUGAGUCGGUGCGGACAAAAAUGAUUGCCCAACGUGUCGACUCAUUGCCAAAACGCGUCCGCGCCGACCCAUUUCCGGCCCAAAUUUGGGACUGAAAUGCGUCAGCGCAGACGUGACCGGACGCGCGCGCGCCUCCUCGGUGUCCUCCCCCAACCACCGCGAUCAACAUAAUUUAUAACGGCCGCCAUCCUCGGGCCCACGCGUCGGCGACCGCGGCUGGCCUUUUUUAAUCCGAGCGUGCGGUGGGUUCCGUCAUCUGCUUUUAGAACCCGCCCCCAUCCCCAUCUCGCCACCUCCUCGGCGACCGAGCGACCAAACCCUAACCCACCAUGGCCGGCGACUUCGCAAACAAGGGCAAGGCCCCACUCUUCCCCCGCGCCACCUCACCGACGUCGUCUUCACGGCCUCGUCGGCGCGUGAGCGUCCCGGUGCGCCAAGCGCGGUGGCACUGGGAGCACCGUGUCGCACUCCCUUACCCCGACGUCACGCUGCCGCACGGCUGGCACCUGGAUCCGGAGAGGAUUCCGGUGUCGGCCGUGCCGCGGUCGACGCGGGUGCAUCUGGAGGAGGUGACCAAGCGACGGCGUCUGCUGACCGCGGAGCAGCGGCGAGACCCCACAUACGUGGCCGACUCCCCUAACUGGGAGGUGUGGUUCGCGGUGGAGCACGAGGAGCAGCGUCGCCGUGGCGUGCGCCAAGUGCAGCCAGGAGGCCUUCCGCCGCCCCCGCCUGUCGUCAGCGAUGAGGACCAGGAGGCUGAGGCCGCCUACCAGGCGGCGCUCGCUGGUGUACUCCGCAACAGCGAGGAAGAAGCGCGGCGCAUGGCCGAAGAGGAGGAGGCGUACCAGCGGCAGCUCGCGGAGGCCAUGACACUGUCGGCCGCCAGCGACUGCAUCGUGCCACCUCUGCCGGAGCCCGAACCCGCGCUGCCGCGGCAGGUCUACCAGUGGACCGACGUCGUCCAGGAGUUCGUCAACGCGCCGCCCAUCUGGCUGGGCGCGACCCCGCUGCAGGAGCAGGCCUACCUCGAGCACUGGAGGUCGGUGCACCUGCAGGCGGAGCGCGCCGAAGGCCUGCGACUCAUGAAGCUGGAGAAGGAGGAGGAGGAAGAGCGACGGAAGGCAAUGGAGGAGGAGCGUGCUCAUGCUGCUGCGCUGCCAUCGCCACCACCACAGCCCGCGCCGGCGGGGCAGACGACGGAGGUGCGGGCAGCUGCACUCUGGAACUCGGCAUUCCCCUGGGCCGGCCCUGCGCCAACGCUGGUCGACCUCACGGGCCCCGACGCCGCCGCCGCCGCCUAGGGCUGCAUGAACACAGUUUUAAAUUUUUUUAAAA